GGCACUGCAGACCAGGAGUUGGUGAGGAGGCGUGUGGUGUUUCAGCAGCAGCAGCAGCAGCCCCGGCUAACGGAGAACAACCCCACUUCGUGUUGGUGAACCAUCAAACAGCAGCCGUGCCCCGCCGCGCCCCCACCCCCAGCGGCGCCGUCAUGUGGCAGGAGGCCCGCAAACAUGAGCGCAAGCUCCGCGGCAUGAUGGUGGACUACAAGCGCCGCGGCGAGCGUCGGCGGGAGUACUACGAGAAGAUAAAAAAAGAUCCAGCUCAGUUUCUCCAGGUUCAUGGUCGAGCCUACAAGAUCCACCUGGAUCCUGCUGUGGCCCUGGCUGCAGAGAGCCCUGCAAACAUGAUGCCAUGGCAAGGAGAUGCCAACAACAUGAUUGACAGAUUUGAUGUAAGGGCUCACUUGGACUACAUCCCUACCUACACUCCUCCUCUGCUGAGCACAACCACCCCAGAGCAGGAGAUGGAGGAGAGGAAGUGUAAUUAUGAGCGUUACAGAGGUCUCGUGCAGAAUGACUUUGCCAACAUCUCUGAGGAACAGUGUUUAUACCAGAUCUACCUGGACGAGCUCUACGGUGGCCUCUCCAAACCAAAUGAGGAUGAGAAGAAAAAACUGGCGGAGAAAAGGGCCACCAUUGGUUACACAUAUGAAGACAGCACCGUACCAGAACCCGAAACAAAUUCAGACAAAGAUGAAGACAAUUCAGAGAACAGUGAAUCUGAGGAGGACGAGGGCAUCCCUGACAUCGAUGUGGAAGUAGAUGUUGACGAGUUGAACCAGGAACAGCUGUUGGACCUCAACAAGAUGGCAACUCCAUAUGGGAUGGCUGAGGGGGACUUUGUCAGGAUGUUGAGAAAAGACAAGGAGGAAGUAGAGGCCAUUAAACAUGCCAAAGCCCUAGAAGCAGAGAAGGCCAUGUAUUCUGGCCGCCGCUCUCGCAGACAGAGGAGAGAGUUCAGAGAGAAAAGGCUAAAAGGUCGACAGAUCAGCCCACCAAGCUAUGCAAGAAGAGACAGCCCAACAUAUGAUCCUUACAAAAGGCCAGAGUCGGAAUCCAGCUCUGAGUCACGGUCACGAUCGCGUUCUCCUGGUCCAGAGAAGAUCACGUUCAUCACUAGCUACGGAGGCAGUGACGAAGAAGCUCCAGCAGCAGCGGCAGCAGCGGCAGGAGCAGCAGCAGCACAGACUGCUGCUCCUCACACUGGCCAUGCCCCCUCCAGCUUGCAGCACUCUUCAGGUCAUAGCAGGGGCUCCCGGAGACGAAGGUCAUCUUCCAGUCGCUCCCCAUCCUCAUCAUCCCGGUCCUCUUCUCGCUCAUCUUCCCAUUCGCGACGAGCCAGACGAGGCCGGGCUAGAAGGGAUGGGCACCGAUCCAGGAGUCACUCGCGGUCGAGACGGCGUUCCAGGUCGCACUCGCGAGGAAGAGGAGGCAACGGAGGGUCCGGAUCGUGGAGGAGACGUGACCGGACAAGAUCACGGUCCAAUGACAGAUACAGAGACAGGGACAGAAACAGAGAACGGGACAGAGACGGAGACAGGGACAGGAAACGAUAUUCAGAACGCAGACGAACAAGGUCCCGUUCCAGCUCACGGCAGGGAGGCAGUUCAAGGCGAGGGGGGCGAAGCAGUGGAGGACACCAUCGGGAAGACAGCCGCAGCCAAAGCCGCAGUCCGUCUCAGUCUUCCAGCGAACCAACCCAGAGUCCCUCCCCCACUCACAGAGGGUCCCUGCCUGCUGCCACCGCCAUCUCUGAAAAACUGAGAAAGCCUGACACACCGGGUGGUAAAGAGACGGGAGCUGCCAAACCCAAGAUGACUCCACAGGAGCGGCUGAAACUACGAAUGCAGAAGGCGCUUAACAAACAAUCCAAGGCAGAUAAGAGAGCUGCUCAGGUGAAAAUCCUGCAGCAGGAGAACAAACGGCAGGAGCGAGAGGGAGAACUGCGAGCCAUGGCACGCAAGAUCCGUAUGAAGGAACGUGAGCGGCGUGAGAAAGAGAGGGAUGAGUGGGAAAGGCAGUAUGGCCGCCAGAGCAGCUCGCCUUCGCCCUCCAAAUAUGAUCGAGAAUACAAUUCACACAGAAGGAGAUCACGGUCUCGGUCACGGAGUCCACAUUACAAAUACUGAAGUGCAACGUGUCCUACAAAACUGUCGGUACAAUGACUUGUCACUACCUGACCUGCGAUCCAAGCAAGAGGCCGUACCUGGAAAAUGAAGAGAUCAAGUUACCGGCUUUUGGUUAAUAAACUAAAAUAGAAACCUGAACUCAUUAUUAGUCUUGUACUACUCUUGUAUAGAGUAAUAAUAAAAUGACUGAUUUCAUCACAUUCACUAAUUACAGAGGAUUCUUUUUUUUUUUUUUGGCCAUGCAGAGUUUUAUCUGUGCUUUUUUUAUUUCUGGUUCAUCUUGUGGAAGACAUUUUGGUUUCUUCACCUCAUUUAUGCUUACUUGAUUUCCUCUCUUCUUGGAAAAGUUGAAUGGUAUGUAAUGAUAAGCAAUAGCUGAAGUUUUAACUUUUUGGUGUCAAUGGUUUUCCACAAUUUAUAUUUCUGUCACAGGAAAUGCUCAUAUGACCAUUUAAACAGGUUUAAUGAACUGAUGUACAGGAUAUUUAUACACAUCCAAAUGAAACCCCCUUUGUCAAAGCAGAUUUAGUCCAUGCAUUUAUUAAAAGUAUAGAUUACACUUUUUGUACUCUGUCCUUGGCCAGUUAACAGCAGAUAACUUUUGUUCUCACCACUGUGGGAUGUGAAAAACAGAACAGAAAAUAAAACUUUG